AUGAAGUCCAAUGAGGAGGCACACAUACCUGAAGAGACUCUCUGCAACUACGCGGAAGACUACCACGUCCCCUUCUUCACCGAGCACGACGGCUCCGCCAUCAUCGAGGAUACGAGAAAGAGCCCCCCGCUCAGCACCAAGUCUUCUCCUUCUUCCUCUUCUGACAAGCCCUUCGCCACUCCCAGCGGGAAUAAUGCGCAACCCAAGUACCUCAGCCUGACUCAUGAUCAGCAUCAGCAUGCUUCGCAGGCGCAGGCGCCAGAGACACCUAAUGACCACAACUACGGAGAGCAGACGCCCGGAAACUGGCCAGAUUCCGAUUCAGAGAGUAAUCCGCCGUCCACAACUGCAUCAGAGGCAGUAAAAGCACACACUACGCCCACUACAAUCGAUACCCUCACCGACUCCCACAGAAAGUCCAAGACAGAAUUCAACUCAAUCCCCUCCGAGCUUCUUCUCAUGAGCUUGGGGCUUGCCAGCGGACCUGAUACCGGAAACCAGGCUCACAGAAAGUCGUCGACCGAGUUCAAGGAGGUCGUAGCAACGGGAGGCAAGUGA